AUGAUGUUUUCCAACCUCUUUGUUGUUAUCUUAGUUGCCUUAUCAAGUGCCGCUGCACAAAAUGGCUCGUGGCCCAACGGCCCGUUUCAUACUGACGGACGUUACAUCAAGGACGCUAGCAAUGAAACUGUUAAGAUUGCUGGUGUCAAUUGGGUAGCGCACGGCGAGGUCAUGAUUCCUGAGGGUCUACAACAUAGGUCCAUUCAAGAAAUUGUCACCCAGAUAACGAGCAUCGGGUUGAAUGCCAUACGCCUAACAUAUGCGACUCAAAUGAUUGACCAGUUAAUGGAAAACUUUGGACAAGAUAUCACCAUAGAGAAGGCUUUCCAUGGUGCUCUUGGGUUGGAGAAUGGCACAUACGUGCUAGAUCAAGUCCUUUACCACAAUCCGUCAUUCUCCAAGAACACUACUCGACUUGAAGUAUUCGACGCCGUUGCAGCAGAGUGUGCACGCCAGCACGUCUACAUUCAUCUAGACAACCAUAUGUCACGUGGCACAUGGUGCUGCUCGGGCACAGAUGGCAAUGGAUGGUGGGGUGAUAGAGAUUUUGACGUUGCUAAAUGGAUCCGUGGACAUGAAUAUCUAGCAAACCGAGGUAAACAAUGGCCAUCUUUGAUUUCCAUUGCGUUACGGAAUGAAAUCAGAAAGGUCCUUACAGACCUUCGACUUCGCGAUGAUGCCUACACUUGGGCCGGCUGGUAUGAAUACAUGCGCCUCGGCGCCGAAGCAAUUCAUAAUGCGAAUGAAGACCUGAUUAUCGUCUUUGGCGGACUGAGCUACGGACAUGUGAUAGACCCUGUCUUCCGACAGGAAGCUCUUACGCCAGGUGAGAAGCGUUUUGACCGAUCCGAUUUUGUUGGCUAUGGUAACGACAAGAUCGUUCUUGAGAUUCACAACUACGACAACGCGAAGGAUAGUUACGGAAAUAUUCAGUAUACGCUUUACUUCGAUGGUUUUCAAGGCAUGAAUGCCUCGGAUCCCGACACCAAGGAUGUCUAUCCAGUCAUGCUGACUGAGUUUGGACAUGCUAUGGAGGGCGAAGGUUACCUAAAGUCUCUAACUUUCCGCUCUGUGUUGCGCGACGUCUUACCUGAUGCAGGAUAUUGGUUUCAUUGGGUCUUGUGCGGAAGUUACUACUACAGAAUAUUGCGGGGGGAAAGGAAAGACGAGGAAACUUGGGGACUACUGAACGAAAACUGGACUGCUUGGAGAAACGAAGAGUUUAUCAACGAUUGGCUUAAGCCUCAGAUUGAUGCAACACUCUCUUAG